CGCACAACAGUUUUCGAAAAAUUCUUUUUAUUUUCCAGUCAUUUUUAAUACAAUGGCAGCAGGAUGUAGCAAAUCUUUUACAUCCAAAUACGAGGAAGAGCUGUACUACGACGUUGAGUACGAGGAUUUUUGUAAAAGUUUCGAGUUUUCGAACUCCUCUUCCUGCUGGAUCUGUAACGGAUACUAUGGUCCGAGCUAUGGAGAACCAUUGUGCGGUACGUGCCAUUCGUUUAUUUUCCCAAACCACCCGAACGAAGAAGCCGAAGGAUUGGUAACGAAGCUUUCCGACGAUGAAGAUUCUGGCAACGAUGAACCACCGGAGAACGGAGCCAAGGAUCGUGCCGACGACGAUGAUGAUUCAGACUACGAUCUGGAAAGGCCGCGGCCCUCUGCUCCGCGCAAUCUUAACCAGUACUUGGAUAUGCUGUCACAACCACGGGAUUCGGAUGAAUCCCAGCAGAAGAUAUGCUCACUGCCAGUGGAAGUGCUGUUGUCGAUAUUCUCCCAUCUGGAUGACUUGUCCCUGUGGAACGUAAGCGAAGUUUGCAAACAAUGGAAGAGGAUUUUGGAAGUUCACACCCCACAGCAAAUGUGGAAAAAGUAUACGAAGGAAAGGUGGCCCCUGUUCCAGCAGAUUUCGACCAUUCCCAACUGGUUGCACAUGUACGGCGCACUGAUGAAUUCCUGCUUCUGCCGGACAUGUCUCGUCCAAAUGGCUCUAAAGACUCCGAUGCGCGGUCGGGUCAAUCACAUUCGGGCGAAUCGAUUGCGAAGCGACAUCCGAUCGCUGGAUUUGGAUGCAACCGAGGGCAUCGAUGCCGUUGCUCUCGAUAACCAGCUCUUUCACUGGCAAGCGUCGAUUCUGGGACCCGCCGGCAGUCCCUACGAGGGUGGGAAAUUUUUUCUUUACAUUGUAGUUCCAUGUUCGUACCCAAUGCUCCCGCCGCAAGUUCGAUUCCUAACGAAGAUUGUCCAUCCGAACGUUUCCCGUCACGGAGACGUUGGAAUCGACAUCAUCCAGCACAACUGGUCGCUGGCAUUGACCAUUUCGAAGCUACUGCUUUCGGUGCAGAGUUUGCUGACGGAUCCUUUCACGCAGAUUUGUAUGGAGCCCGAGCUUGGCAGAAUGUACGAAAAUGACCGACUCAAAUUUGAAGCCCUCGCGAGGCGGUGGACCUGGAAGUAUGCAAUGUAUGAAGUUCUGCCUCCGCUGGAAGGAUUGCUGUAGAGGACAAUUCAAUUCAAACAACUAAAACAGCUUCAACUCCAGGUGAGUUUAGAUUUCUAUAAUUUCUACUCUAGUGCAGGAUCAUCACAUAGCAAACAUACAACCACUUCCCGAAAUAAAACGGUCCUGUUGAUAAUAAGUAGUUCGACUGGUCCGGCUGCUUCUUAUGCUUAUCAAGUCCUGGCAAAGAAAAUUUGUUUCCUAAUGCAUAGUUACUAACAACAGUAUAAGUGUCCGGUAGAAGUGCUAAUCUUAGGUGUCCUGCAAAAAGGGAAGAAAGCAAGCAAUAAUUUAUUCAGCAACCGAGAAGGAAAUUAUUUAUUAUGCUACACAUUUGGUUUUAAAUGCAAAAAAAAAACACUACAACGAUACAACAGCAUCCAGUAGGAUUGCUUUAAUAGAUUAAGCUUGAACAAAACUGGCUUCAAACGUCUUCGAGCAGUUUUGGGUUGAUUUGUAAUGAAAUCGUAUAGCAUUGCAUCUUGAAGAAUCUUGAAAGCCAUUUCAAAUUGCUCGAAAGAAGUGGAUAAAAUGCCAUGUUUGGCAAAAAACUACAUUACCUAUUGAACAACCAAAACCAACAACUUAUCGAUCUGACUGAAU